UCCUUCCUUCAUUCUUGAAAGACAUUUCCUCAUCGUUUCAACAAGACAUCAAGACAGGAUAGAGUCCAUUUUUUUCUCUUUUUAUAUCGACAAUGUUACCAUGGCGUCCGCUCGGGAUGCUGGCCUGUGGUCUUACAGUCAUAUUCCUGUUUAUCAUUUUACAUGGAAAUGGCUAUGAUUUUCCUGUGGUGAUUGCGAGAUGUUCGGACGAAAUCGAUUAUUGGACUCUCCCUGAUAAGACAUAUCUGGAAAUAUCGGGUGUUCAUGAUUUCACUCAAGAUGUAGCGUCAGCAGCAGUAACCAAUACAAAGGAAGAAAGCAAACACUUUUUGAAAAGAAACAAACCAGCGUUCAUGAACCAAUGGCAUCUAGGAUCAAAAUCAACAACGCAACAGGAGAAGGCUGACAAAAGUCCCAACAACGAAAAGAUGAAAAGAGGAGCAGCAGCGGGGAAAGAAGGAGAAAAAGACGAUGAGGAACAAUGGAUUUGGAUGACGAAUAUUUGGCAUGAGAUAAGCGAAUGUGGACCAGGCUACCUUCGACAAUACAGGAGAAGACUGAGUGAUGCACUAAAGAGCGACAAGUCAGCGCCGUGGGAGCUGAUGUAUGCACACAGAUUUCCAGGACCGAUCAUCCAUUCAUCAUUGUCAAGGCGCCCUCUUCCAAAAGAAGCAGACUCUAAAAGGGACCGAGAAUCUAUUCGUUUGGCAGUUGUCUACAAACUCGUUGAAGAGGAACGUGUCACAUAUCAUAGUCGCGUCUACCAUUUCGGGACAUUUCAGAGAAACGGUCCAGAACUGAAAGAAGAGUGUCAAAUAAGUGUCAAAGAAACGUGUCAUGUCCAUGUACCCUUUUUAAGCUUUGACUAUAUUCUUCCUGGAUCGACACCCAUUAAGGACUUUAGUCUUGAACAUGACACUUUCUUAUAUUCGAGAUUGGGCGACACGGUCUUGUUUCGAUCACUUAAACUGCCACAACUCAAACCUGAUGUGACCUCGCCAAGCAAUCCAUAUUCACUUUUAUCAGGAGCACAGGGACCCAGUUCAACAUGCGAAGAGAAGAGAAAUGUACCUUACCGAAUGAGCUAUUUGGCCACUAUUCCUUCUAUCUCACCAAGCGAGGACCUUCACGUUUUAAUGGGACAAGUUCAAGAAUACCGUCGAACCUGGAAAUAUCAAGCCACGAUCGCCACCGAAUCAACCGAUCUAAAAACUGGAAACAAAAAAUGGCUGUUAGGCAAACCAUGGCUCGCACUUGAAUACGAUUCCUUGGUCCAAGAAAAUGAUAUGAUCAAUGAUGAGCCCCAUACAUAUGGUGUCUCAAUUCAGAAGCCAUAUCUAAUGCACUCUUUGGAUCGAACCUCGGUCCAUAUCCCGAUAAAAAACACGGUGUUGACACUCGAAACCCAACGUGUACGCGUUCUUCAGAAACAAAGUGAUCGUACGCGUCGUGAGGCAGAGGCCCUCAAAGAUGCAUCACCUAUUGCAAUAAAUACUCAACCGCAAAAGAGGGAUCAGGAACAGAUCAUCGUAUCAUCUCAAUCUCAACGGCAAAAACUAAAUGAACACCACGAGCCAACAUCAUCAGAGGAAAUUUAUAAAGACGAGUUACAAUGGGUUGACUAUGAAAGUCGUAUCAAUGCUGGUACUCUUGACUCAACUGAUACAGAAUAUGGUGUCAUUAGUGACAAGGCAGAUAUUUUGGCUCUGAAAACCACGCAAAACGCGAUUCUGAUUUUGAGACGAGAACUUGAUACCAUAUUAAUGCGAGGCAUCGGUCCUUGGGGAUUGCGGAUGGUCAUGCACGACAGAGAAUACAACGCUCUUGACAGGAGCCGAGAAAUGGCUAAAAGAGAUAUGCUAGUGAUGAAGGUGGUCACUGUUCCAGUGCCAAUCUAUGAGGACUCUGACCAUUCCUUGAGUUUUGAUGGAGACGAAGGUGAAGGCGUAGAAGGCGUAGGCAAAGGAGCAGAAACAAGUGAUAAUACUAAUAAAGGCUCCCAUGGAGUUCCGUCCAGUGCCCAGACUCCUGAGAGCUCUGAGAUGGAAGAGAAGAGAGCACUUAAGCCUAAGAAGACUGAAUUGCACAAUGUUCUGGUGUCAGUCUAUGGAUCCGGAAAGCUAUUCAUACAUGACUUGGAUCGGGCUACAGAAACAAAGAUGAUGAUCAUGUUCAUAGAAGAGAAAUACCCCGUCGUAAUUGGCAUGUUAGCAGUGGUCAUUGCGUUUGUGAUUAAUGAGACUCGUUGAAAGUGUAAAUGAAAGAGAAGUGCUAAUCUAAAGAAAAUUGAGAGAAAGUGAAAGAGAAAGAGAGUAGGAAGAGAGGGAGACCUUGCUAGUUACCAGUUACUCUAGAGUGGGAUAACAAGUUAGUCCAUGGUUUAGUCGUUUAAUUUGAUAGAUACAACUCUUUUUUUUUUUUUAUUAUUCUCCGUUCCAACCACUUCACUUCCUCCAAGCUCGUUUCUGACCACUUUUGGGCAUAUAUUAUAUAUGCAACUACAUGUGUACAAAUAGAAGAUUUGCUCAAUUGAGAUAUAGAACUGAUAUUCGUCGUUCGGCUCAGAAUUUAUUUUCCUUUUUUUUGAUUUGGGACGCUUUGGGCAAUCAAUUAGACAAUGACUACAGACAAUUGUAGAAUUAAAAAAAAUACAAACAG